AUGGAUGAGCUCACUCGGAGCAUCGGCGCCGGUUUUUCGGUAUCCGUGGAGCCCAACAGCACGUCGGCGCCCCAUCCGCGGCUCUCGCAGUACAAGAGCCGGUCCAGCGCACUGGAGCAGGACGAGAGGCGGCGGCGCUUCCUGGAUCUGCAGAAAAAGAAAAGACUGAACUAUGUAAACCAUGCUCGCCGCUUGGCGGAUGGGGACUGGACGGGGAAUGACAGUGAUGAGGAGGCAGGAGAGGAGGAGGAGGAGGUGGAAGAAGAGAUGGAAAUAGAGCAGAGGAAGAAGUUACCAAGGCAUUACGCCAACCAGCUCAUGCUGUCCGAGUGGCUGGUGGACGUGCCUCCUGAGCUGGACACAGAGUGGCUCCUGGUGGUCUGUCCUGUUGGGAAGAGGUCCCUGAUCGUCGCCUCUAAGGGAUCAACGGCAGCCUUCACCAAAAGUGGCUACUGUAUCAACCGCUUCCCUUCGCUGCUGCCCGGUGGCAACAGGCACAAUUCCGCCAUAGGAAAAGAUUACACAAUCCUGGACUGUAUCUUCAGCGAAGUUGACAGGACUUACUACAUUUUGGACGUGAUGUGCUGGAGAGGUCAUCCUGUGUACGAUUGUCCGACGGAGUUCCGAUUCUACUGGCUGCAGUCCAAGGUCCAGGAGAGCGAAGGCCUGUCUGAAAUCGGCAAGCGUAACCCGUUUCGCUUCGUGAGUCUGCAGAGCAUCGACUGCUCUGCCCAGUCCAUCCGACAGGCUCUCUCAGUGGAAUAUAGCUUCAAGGUGGAUGGGCUUUUAUUCUACCACCGGCAGACACAUUACACCCCCGGCAGUACCCCACUUGUGGGCUGGCUGCGACCCUACAUGGUGCCCGACAUCUUGGGCCUGGAGGUGCCCCCGAAUCCCCUCGUUACCAAGCCCGACUACGCCGGCCACCAGCUCCAGCAGAUCCUGGAGCACAAGAAGAUCUCCACAGAGGUGCGGCAGGCUGAACCAAACGGCUGCUACGAGCUGGAGCACCUGUCGACCCCGGAGGAGCAGUCACAGAGCGACGCCCCCACCAACCCUCGAAUGCAGAGCUGAACUGGGGGGGGGGGGGGGGGGGGGGCUCUGCUUCCUGCCUUUUGUCUCAUUUCUGGCCAUGUAACCAGCCACAGCUGCUCAUAAUUGGGCCACACUCAGUCAAAGAGAGCUAAGGUGACAUCAUCAUACCAUAUAAGGCUUUAACGUGGCAAUCACCUGACCUCUACAUGGAUUUACAGGUCAGUCCUGUUCAUACAGGGCGCCGUUUCCUUCUCUGGACCUGCAUGUAAAUGCGACAGGGUUGGACCUGAGCUGGAACUCAUGUGACCCCAGUGUGUUAACACAGCUGACGUAAAUUAAGGAAUUUAUAAACUAUGCAUGUGCAUAGUCUAUUUGAUAUUUCUGUCUCUUGGCAUUUUAAUCUGUUGGAUUUUAUCUUCAAAUUUUGUUGUUUUAAGCGUGCAUACUAAUGUAUUAAUAAAGUUUUCUUUUGUAUUUUUCACCCA